AUGGGCAGCCUUCUCUCUUUCUUCAACCCGCGUCUCUCGUCGCAAAAGAGGCGUCAGCCAUGCCUCGAUCUGGUCCCAGAGAACUUCUCAUCGCCCUUGACCAGUUUGCCGACCGAGCUUCUGUUGAUCAUUGCCUCAUCCCUACCACCGAGUGCUCUCGCAUGCCUCAUGCUGACUUCAAAGCACUUCUACAAUACUCUCGCCUACGAGUUUGAUCCGAGAAUGCAACACCAUCCCGAAGAGAAGGCUCUGUUUGUCCGCUUGCUGGAGAAGGACUUGCCACAUAUGCUGGCAUGCUACAGCUGCGACAUUCUGUUUGAUUGGAGAAAGAAGCCGCGGUGCCGCUGUCCCAAUCACCAUAACCAUCUAUUCCUGACCUUUGAUCCGCUUUGGUGCUACGUUCAUAGCCCCGCCCUAAUUUCUCGAGAGAUGGUGGACGCUUUCGUGAGGGGGUAUGAAAAGGGUCCCGAAUAUGGCCCCCAGCUUGAGGAACUCACCCACAAAUGCAAGAGGGAUGGUGGAUGGUACCCCACACGGGGCAAGAAGGUGGCCAGGCGCCUCGACGCUCGGGUUCAACAGGGACGGCUUAUCGUCCAUGGCGUGUACAGCAUGCGCGUUCCUCUUCCUCCACAUUGUAUCAAGCCUUCGCCAGACUAUGUGGACCGAUCUUUCGAGCUCUCGCUUACGCGUGAGAUGGCCAAGUUCGCCGGCAUCGGCUGCGUUCACCUGGGACAUUCUCUCCCUGCAAUUCUUCUUGACUCCGUCCGGCGCCUGCCAGGCCUCUUCGAGCAACGGCCACUGUGUCAUGACCUGAUAAACUGCGGCUUUUGCGCUACUGAUCUGCGCGUUCGCACCGUUGUGGGUGAGGAUGCACAUCUCACACUCCAAGUGGAGAUGUGGCGGUCCUUUGGGGGCCGGGAUCCCGCCAUGAGAGACCCUCUCGAGGACGCUCACUUCCAAUUUCCGGGCAACAGGCUUGUAGCCGUGGAUCUCAAUGAACCUCCGACCCGGAACCUUGAGGAACUGUUCAACGGAGAAACUCGACGCCGUCUCGACUUCCGCAUGCUGCAAGCACCUCCCAACCGGCAGACAUGGCUUCAAGUAUGGAUGUGGGCCUACAGCGAGCAUACUGCGAGUUUGUGGGCCGAUCUUAUCCGCGAUGGCUGCUCCGCGAUGGCUGUCCGAGCUGCACGGCCCCGUCGGUCCAGAAAUUGCUUCGGCCUGCAAGAAUCAGCAAAGGCCAUCAUUGGUGCGAUGAAACGCCGUCUUCGAGAGCUCAAUGAUCCCUACCUUGCAUGCUUCUCGAUUCAACCUUCGAAUGCCCUAGGUUCCACUCUUCAGAGCAUUGACUCUACCUCUCCUAUCCAAGCAGAGAUUUUCAUCCCUCAUUAUCGCUAUGACCAAGGCUCAGAGCCGACUAGCUAG